AUGGAAAGAAUGCUUAGCGACACAGCAGAUACUAAUGAGAAGGCAUUGAAGGAAGUUCGUUUUUUUAGGCUUUCAGGUCGACUAUGUGAACAGCACAAAGCAAAGUUUGACCCUUUAGUGUCCAAUGAUAUCAAUGGUUUGAUAGAAUCGUCCGCUAUUACAGACUUUGAUUAUCUGUGGGGCAGUGCGUUAGACGAAGGAAGUAGCAUCUAAUCUAAGGAAGAUGAAGACCGGAUAUUCAAAGGAAUAUUUGACAAAGCAGAAGCAUUACAAGCAUACAUAAAAUAGGAAGCCUACACACACCGUAGACCAGCCACACACCAUUAA